UGUCAACAUGUAAAUCUGGAUAUCCCUAAAUUAUGUAACGCUGCUGUUUCAAGGUUCCGAUUGGUCUCGCGCGGUAUUAUGAUUUGCUGGAUGACAUCAGCUGGAUGAGAGGAGAGGCAGCAGCGGCUCCUCAUCACUACGACACACAGUCUGGGGAUAUAAAAGCCCGGGCCACUCCUUCUGCGCCCCGCUGCUCGGCUUCAGAUACUGUACCAGCUCACUUCAGGUUGCCGUACAGAGGGAGCGAGUGCGUUUUGUGUGUAUGUGAGUGUCUGAGAGAAUGGCGACGCUAGUUAAUCCUGUUGAUGCUCCGGCACCCUUUGGUGGUGUCUGUAGCCUCAGAAACACGGCAUCAACCACGGCCUCGACACAUCACUUCGACGAGGGCAAAUAUUACCUGCUGGUGGUCAUUGGGGAGCUGGUGACUGACGAGCAUCUGAAGUGUGCCAUUGCGGACAUUGAGAAAGGAAUUCGCUCAUGGGACACUAAUCUUGUUGAUUGUAACUUGGACCAGGAGCUGAAGCUUUUUGUUUCUCGACACUCUGCCAGGUUUUCAGCCGAUGUGAGAGGGCAAAAGAUUCUGCACCACAAAAGCAAUGUGCUGGAGACAGUCGUGCUCAUCAACCCCUCAGAUGAAGCUGUUAGCACAGAGGUACGUUUGAUGGUCUCAGACACAGCCCACCAUAAACUGCUUGUCCUGGCAGGACAGUGUUUGGAAAAUACAGGCGAGCUGAUUUUCCAGUCAGGCUCCUUUUCUCUCUCCAAUUUCAUUGACAUUUUUACAGAUCAAGAGAUUGGGGAGCUUCUAAGCACCAUACAUCCUGCCAACAAAGCCAAUUUAACCCUUUUCUGUCCUGAACAUGGUGACUGGAAAAACUCCAACCUGGACAAACACAACCUACAGGACUUCAUCCAUAUGAAACUUAACUCCCCGACCAUCCUUCCAGAAAUGGAGGGUCUCUCUGAAUUCACAGAGUACCUCUCAGAAUCUGUUGAGAUCCCAUCUCCGUUUGACAUGCUGGAACCCCCAACCUCAGGAGGGUUCCUAAAAUUAUCCAAACCAUGUUGCUAUAUUUUCCCUGGUGGCCGAGGGGAUUCAGCAUUGUUUGCAGUUAAUGGCUUCAACAUGCUGAUUAAUGGUGGAUCUGAUAGAAAGUCUUGUUUUUGGAAGCUGCUGCGACAUUUGGACAGAGUGGAUUCUAUUCUCUUAACACACAUUGGAGAUGAUAACCUUCCUGGUAUUAAUAGCAUGCUGCAGCGCAAAAUGGCUGAACUUGAGGAGGAGCAGUCACAGGGAUCCACAGCUAACAGUGACUGGACAAAAAAUAUGAUCUCACCUGAUAUUGGUGUUAUGUUUGUCAACAUGCCCCAGAACCUGGAGAUCCCAGAACCGAACUACAGGAUCAGGAGAAAUGCUGAAGAGGCAUCUCUCACUCUACAGUACCUAAACAAGCUGUCUUUAAAACCUGAACCUCUGCACAGGAAUAUAGGCAAUACAGUAGAACCCAUUAUACUUUUCCAGAAAAUGGGUGUUGGAAAGCUUGAAAUGUAUGUUCUCAACCCAGCUAGUAAUAGCAAGGAGUUGCAGUACUUUCUGAAAGAAUGGACAGGCAGUGAAAAAGACAAAGCUGCCAUCUUGUUACCAAAUGGAAAGGAAUCAGAUCUCCCAGUAUCAUAUUUGUCUUCCAUCUCAUCAUUGAUUGUGUGGCAUCCUGCUAACCCGUCAGAAAAAAUAAUCCGUGUUCUGUUCCCAGGUAAUUCCACUCAGUGUAAUAUUCUUGAAGGCCUAGAGAAACUUAAACACUUAGAUUUCCUCAAACAUCAUGUGGUCUCACAGAAAGAGCUUUCUUCAAACUUAGCUCCAACACUCAAACAACCAAAGCUGAAACAUAAGACAGACAGCAAGGAGAGCCUAAAGUCCACAUCAAAGCCAUCUCCAAGCAAAAACCUCCAGAAAGAGUCAAAAGAAGAAGCCCCUGAAAAAGUAAAAACACUUAGUAAAGCUGACUCCCUUCGUUCUGUGGAAACUAAAGAACUGACACAAAAAACAGAGAAGAAAGAUAAAACCCUUGUGAAAAAAGUGAAAGCUGGAGAGAAGGAAAUUAAAAGCAAGAGUGAGCAAACACCCAAAAUUGACACUCCUGAAAAAAAGAAAGCUGACAUUAAACCAAAAAUGAUAAAAAAAGAGACAAAAAAAACAGUGGAAAAGAGUGAGGCUGAUAAAAAGAAUGACAAGCCCAUGCCCAAGAAAGAAGAAAAUGCUAAAAAAGAAGAGAAGGUGAAGAAAGAGGAGGUGAAGAAGGAAAUAAAAAGACAUGACAUUAGGAAAGAUUCCCUUUUGAAGGAAAGCAGGAAAGAAGAAAAGAAAGAAAUACAGAAAGAUGAAAAAGAGCCUAAAAGAGAUUUGAGGAAAACUGGAAGCUUGAAAAAGAAUGCCCCUGGGGCAGCAGAGGUGAAAAAACUUGCACCUAAACCAAAGGCUGCAGCACGAGGAAAGGGACCUGUUAGUCCUGCAAAGUCCAAAGAUAAGGCUAAGUCCAAGCCCGUUAAAAAAGAUGCAGGAGAAUCAGUGGCAGCAUCUUCUGCCUUAGGUGCUACUGCUGAAGAGCCUACUGCUGAAGCCAAUGUCACAGAUGCUCUUCAGGCAGAGAGAUCAUUGAUGUCUUCUCCAGAGGACCUCACCAAAGAUUUUGAGGCUCUGAAAGCAGAGGAGAUUGUUGAAGAUGAUGAAAUCCUAUCUCAGACCAUAAUAGAAGAUUCUGAUCAAGGACAAAUGAUCAAGUGUGAAGAAAUAGCUUUUUGUAAAGAGUCUCAAGAAGCACAAGAGUCCCUGGAUGAAGGAAUAGCAACCACAGAAGCUGAGGAAGAAUGUGGAGGUAUUCCAGGGGAUCUAGAGACAAAUCAAAAAAGCAAUGGCACCAGUGAAAAAUUUGAAGAUGAGGGAACUGGGCUGGAAGAGUCAUCUGAGACAGGAGACUAUGAAGAAAAGGCUGAUACAGAGGAAGUGGAUGAGCAGGAACGAAUAAUAGCCAAGAUGAAAGCUGAUGGAGAGCAAGAAGAGCAGGAAAACAUGGAAGGAUUAGAUGAUGGAGCAGGAGAACCACAUUAUAGGCAAGACAAAGAAACUGAGAUGCAGAGUUUGGUUGUAACCACACCUACAAAGCUCUCUGAACCUGUGUCACCCGCUGCUUCAAUUCAUGUUGAAAACCUGCCAGAAGGUUCAGAAAGUGAAGCUGCCUCUGAUGAGGAAAAUCGAGAUGAGCCUCCAAAAGAAUAUACCACAUUAGUACACACUCAGUCUACAAUUGAGACCUCAAGUGUUCCAACUCCCAUGGAUGAAAUGUCAGCUCCAAGAGAUGUAAUGAAUGACGAGACUACAAAUGAUGCAUCUGAUUCUCCCUCUCAAAAUUUUGUCAGGUACGGAAUCACUACAGAUUACGAGCGAAAGAAACUCUCACCUCUUCAAGAUCUUCCUGGGUUAUAUUACUCAAAGAGUGAUGCCACUGAGGGGCAUGAUUAUCAUGCAUCAGCUUCCACCAUUUCACCACCUUCCUCACUGGAAGAAGACAAAUCUGCCAAGAACUUUUUAGCUGAAGACAAAUUCCCUUUUGAUUCGGACAGGCUCACUGCUACCACUACAACUUUGCCUCUUGUAAGAUCACCUUCCAGUGGCCAAAAUGUAAACAUUGAACAUGUUCAUACAGGCGUGUCUUCACCAAUUGAGCUGGGCACCAUGCUUGCAGGGAUGUCAAAAGGAAUGGACUCUUCAUACAGUCCAGAUGAGAAAACGUUAGAGGGUCCUUUAUCUCCUCAGUCCUCAGGUCAUACACCUUACUAUCAAUCCCCAGUGGAGGAAAAAGCUGGCACUCUACCAUCUGAGGAAUCCUCCAACCUCCAGGGUCCUAUUAUUGUUGACAUCACAAUUGACAAAGAAUACUCUCCCAGAGAGGCUAGUCCUAUUGAUGAAGCUGUGUCUAUGCCACAAGUGGGAAAGGUGAAAUCACCAAGUUAUGAAGCAAACCCUUCAACCAAGGACGAAAAGUCACAUUUUGAACUUGACCAUAAGACUUCAAGCCAGACUGACAAUAAUGGUAAAGAGUCAGUUACUGUUAGUUCUUUAGUUACAUCUUCACUGCCACAAGCUAAAGGAGAGAGUCUGUCUGAUACAAAUCCUUUCACAACAUUUAAAGAGGACAAAAUGUCCAUAUCUGAGGGAACCACAUCUGAUAAGUCUGGCACUCCAGUUGAUGAGGUUGUUGCAGAGGAUACAUUUUCUCACAUUGCCUCUGCCUCAACAGCAUCUCUUGCGACAAGCUCUUUACCCGAACCCACAACUGAUGAUGUCUCCCCACCACUACAUGCUGAGGUGGGCUCCCCUCAUUCCACAGAGGUAGAUGACUCUCUCUCUGUCUCUGUUGUUCAGACCCCAACUACAAUGCAAGAAGCAGAAGUCUCUCCAUCUAAGGAGGAUAGUCCUCGGCCUAUGUCAAUCUCCCCUGAUGUUUCACCAAAAACAGCCAAAUUGAGAAUGCCACAACAGGAAACAAAAUCUCCUGAGCAGUCCAUGUCUAUUGAGUGUGGCCAAGAAUCCCCUGAACACUCACUUGCCUUAGAUUUCAGCAAGCAAUCACCAGAUCAUCCAUCUGUGGGAGGAAUGCAGCGUAAAGCCACUGAAAAUGGCCCAACAGAAGUAGAUUACAGCCCCUCAGAUGGAGUUGGUGUCAUGGGAGAACAGCGCAGACCUGGGGGAACUAGGGAGAAGCCAAUGCUUUUCAAAGAGUCUGAUAGCACCCAAGUUGCCUCUGCUUCCCCGUCAGAUGCCUCUCAGUCCACCCCAUCAGUUACUACACCUUCCCAAAUUGGGGAGCCAAAGGAAAUGUCCCCAAAUACUGGCCCUUUUUCAGAGUCUGUAACUCCAAAACUGUCACCCCACAAUCAGUCUCUUUCUCCCCAAUCUCCUGACUCAUUUCUUGUUCUAGGUGGACCCAGUACCUCAUAUGGAGGACCGGACAAAGGUAAAACAAGUCCCACCUCGCUUUACAAUGAGAGCAGCAUGCCUAAAACAGAGGACACCCAACACAAUUUGGAGAAAACAAUGGAAGUGUCACCUUCAUCUCCUACUGUGUUAUCUUGUUCUUAUCAGAAGACAGAUGAGCUUGAAAUUAGCCUAAGAACCAAUCACAUUACAGACUCGAAAUCCCCUACCAGUCCAAAAGUUUCAUCUCCAUCCCGACUUUCUCCCUCCUCCAAUCAAAAAGAGGUUCAAGAGGGGUUUUCCAGCAGCUUUACUUCAUAUUCCUACACACCUCAAUAUGGUGAACUUACCAAGAAUUGUGAUAAUGGAUCUAGAAGGCCAGAUACCUCAAAUAAAAGCCUUUCUCAGUCACGUGCAGAUGUGGACUUGUGUUUGGUGACCUCCUGUGAAUACAGACAUCCAAAGACAGAGCUUUCUCCCUCUUUUAUAAAUCCAAGCCCUCUUGAAUACUUUAUGAUUGAUGAAAAUCCUCUUGAGGAGGAAAAGCCACUUGCUAAAUCUGGAGGAGGACCACCUCCACCUGGAGAAAAACAGCAGAGCAAACCGUGUGAGGAAACUCCACCAACCUCUGUAAGUGAAUCAGCGCCCUCUCAAACUGACUCUGAUGUUCCUCCUGGCACUGAGGAGUGUCCAUCAAUAACUGCAGAUGCAAAUAUUGACUCUGAGGAUGACUCAGAAACAUUACCAACAGACAGGACUCUCACUUAUCGUCAUGCAGACCCAUCUCCAAUUACGCCCAAAGACCCUGCUCCUGCUCCUCCACAUCCUGAUGUCUGCAUGGUGGAUCCAGAGGUCCUCAAGGCUGAGGAGGCAUCCCAAAAAGACGACGGAGGGAAACCUAAAAAGAACAAAAUUAGCAGCAAGACAAAGUCAUCUGCAACAAAGAGCUUGACAAAAACAAGUGCCAUAAAAGAGCUGAAAACAUCCUCUCCAAAAAAGACUACAGAGGACAAAGAUGCCAAAAAUGCUACCAAUACCUCUGCAUCAAAGGGCGUGAAAAGCAACACUUCAGGAAGCACCAAGUCUAGCAGUGGAAUGUCAGUACCUAACUGUCCUCCAAUGUAUAUGGAUCUAGUUUACAUCCCAAAUCACUGUAAUGCCAAGAAUGUGGAUGCUGAGUUCUUUAAACGGAUUAGAUCCUCCUACUAUGUAGUCAGUGGUAAUGAUCCAACAGCACAGGAGCCCAGUAAGGCAGUCCUUGAUGCUCUCUUGGAAGGAAAGAGCCAGUGGGGAAAUGAUAUGCAGGUCACGCUGAUCCCAACCCAUGAUACAGAAGUUAUGAGGGAGUGGUAUCAGGAAAACCACGAGAAGCAGCAAGACUUAAAUAUUAUGGUUUUGGCAAGCAGUAGCACUGUGGUCAUGCAAGAUGAAUCUUUCCCUGCAUGUAAGAUUGAGCUGUGAUUGUCAUUAUCAAGAUGUUAUAGAUGGUGAAUAUUGAAGAACAAAACAAUUAGAACACUUACUACACACAAUCACAAAAGCAAACGUUUCAGAUCACAUUACAAAUACUAAAUGUGAAAAUGUUUCUCAAUAGAAUUAUCUAAUAUCUUAAAGGGUUAGUUCACCCAAAAGUUUUGGGUGAUCUAUCCCUUUAAAGGUCUUAGGUUGUGAAAACAUUUGUAAUAAAAGGGUUAUGGAUAGGCUUUGUUGACCUAACAAAGAGCAGUGUUUGGUAUGUAUCAGAUCUUCUCAAACACACACACACACACACACACACACACACAGAGUCAUUGAAUAAAUGUGAAUGAACAGUGUACUGAGCAGCUCCAAUAAAACUUAUAACCAAGUACUAAUCAUUUAAAAACAGUUGAUAAAUGGAUCAAAUAAGAACAACUGAAAAUGUUUACACCAAAGGUUAAAGGAUUGUUUUAAUGCCUUAGAAAGUUAAACUGAAUGUACAAUUAACAUGAUGCACUUAAUAUGAGGACAGAUAAUGGUAUGAUCCACAAACACAAAGAAGACACAUAAAACAUUACAUAUAUAUCAUAUGAUGCAAAUGCAACAUAAAACAUCAUAUUCCAGCAGCACUGAGUUGUGUAAUACUUGCAUAAUAUAUGAAUGUUAGGCUUGCUACAUUUGCAAUUAAAUGCAAAAUAGGAUAAAGGUCUAACCAUUAAAAGACUCUUGAGUACGAAAUGCCUGAGAAAACAUUAAAUUAAAAAAUAAAUAAAAAAAAAAUAAACAUUAAAAUAAAUUCCAUGAGUCAUUCAUAAAAACCUUCUGACUUCUGUACUGUCACCAUUGGAAUAGAUGAAUUUUGUAUGGGUAGGAGAUCUUCCUUUAAAACUACCCAACAUUAGCUUGAUAAUUUUAAUUGGUAAAGUCUUUUGAAAAAACUGUUACUCAUCAAUUGUACUGCUAAUUAUUUGCACACUUUGUUAUAUUUUAUCCUUUUAACUGAGUAAUACAGUUGCUACAGUAUAUUUCAAUGCCUUAUUUAAUGCUUUAUUACUUUAUCAUUUUGAAAUUUGCUAGUUGUGCAUUCCUAUGCAGUUUCCUCUCAAACGAGGGAAACUUAUGUUGACUCAGAGUUGUGUCAAAGUUCAACAAUUGUUUUUAUUAUUAUUAUUAUUAUUAUUAUUAUUAUUAUUUAUUACUAGUAUUGUUUUCUUCUCUUUCUCCAAAUGGAGUCCUCAAAGUUUAAAGCUAUACUGCAUUGUGCGUCCAAAUCUUAUCCAUGUACAUUUGUUUUUCUUAAUUUGUCAGUGUUGCCGAGAGCUAUCAAGAUUAUGGUACAUUGAAAGUGGUGAAACAGAAAACGUUCUUUUCCGUAGAAAUCUUUUAUAAAAUUGCACUGUACUGUAAUUAUAAAUAGCUUGGUGACAGAGUGAGUGGCCUGAUGUGCAUGUAUAAUGUAUUAUACUUCAUAUUUAUUUGAGAUUUAUUUUUAUUGAGAGGAGAAACACACUCUUUACUGCCAACAAGUCAUUGCAAGGAUAUUACUGAAAUUUUUCACGAUUGGAGAAACAUGAACUUGGACUAGUUUUAUUGCAUUUAAUCGAUAGUUCUACAGUCAUGUCAAUGAGAUAAAAUUCCAAUAAUUUAUUCCUAUGACGCUACCACAUGAUAUUGGACAGAUUUGACACUUAUCCCAGUAUUUAAAUUGUGUUAUGUCUACUUGACAAUAGAGGAAAUAAGUCUAUGAAUCAUGCAGUCAGACUAUGUGACCGAUUAUUCAAAUCUUUCAAAUCCAUACUUGGAUGAAACACUACAUCUUAAUAUUUGGGGCAUCAACACGUCAACAAAAAUUAACUGUGAACUUGGUGCCAUUGUGGUCCAACUAUUUUCAACAGUUCAUAGAAGUAGACACAUUAUGAAUUUUAAAAAACUUCUCGAACUUCACAAUAUACAUCAUGAUUUAGAACUGGAAAGUUUUUAGUUCCAUGAUAACAGCAGCAACAGGCAACAGGCUCUUUUAACCACAUGCUUUAGCAAAAUGCAUUGUUAUCGUAAUGGCAAAAAACACAACGCUUUUUCAAUCUAUCUCAUCUCUCUGUUCAACUAUAAACACUUGCCUUCACAUUCUCCUCUAAAACCCUCACAGUCUCUCUUUGAUCACACCUUCGGGUGCUAGUAAGAAUAUGUGUGCAGUUGUGUAUGAUAUAUAUAUAUAUAUAUAUAUAUAUAUAUAUAUAUAUAUAUAUAUAUAUAUAUAUAUAUAUAUAUAUAUAUGUCUUGUGAACUUGCGACUUUCCUCUUUUCGUUCUUAAUCCCAUAUCUAGAGUAGAUAGUCUCAAAUAAAAGUAUUACAUUGUGCUUUUUUUGAUGUUUGUGUGCGAAAUCUCCACCCAAAUAUGAGGUGUUUGAUGUAAAGGGAAUUACUAUUAAAAAGAGCGAAAAUCAGUCCACAAUAAAUAAUUCUGUGGAAAACAA